AUGUCAAAGUUGGAGUAUUUUAGCCUCGAAGGGCUCCGUAUAGACGGUCGUAGGGAACGCGAGGUUCGGAAUAUCGAAAUUGCCUGCGGAUUCGAAUGCGAUGUCGACAUUUCUGGAUACGACGGAGCUUCACAGAUCAAGCACGGCCUAAACAAGGUCCAGGUGCUCGUCAAGGGACCAUCAGAGGGAGGAAAGGCUUUGAGAGGCGCCCAGAGAGCCCUUGACGAUUCCGUGGAUAUUCGAGUGGAGGUCAUGUUUUCCACGGACAAGGGACCAAAGAGCUCCAAGAACGACCGUAUGGUCACGGACAUAGUCAAUGCAAUCAAGGGGACCUUUGGAGAGGCCAUAAUACAGGACAUGUACAAGAGGCUGGCCAUUCGCAUUUUUGUAAACAUCAUUGAGGCCGAUGGUGGCAUAAAAUCGACGGUAUUGAAUGCAGUGGGAGUGGCAUUGAUUGAUGCGGGAAUUGCGCUGAGGGACCUGACCUCUUCAUGUUCAGUAGUUUUGUUGGAGAAUCGCAUUUUUACCGACGGAAAUCACCUGGAGAUCAACGCAGCAACCGCCGAACUUACGGUCGCCGUUUAUUCCUCCAGCGGGAAGAUGAUUUACGUAGAUCUUCGUUCCAAGGUACCGGUGAAGGAACUGGACGAUUUGUUCGAUGCAUGCGUCAGAGGUACUGGACAUUUUAGUAGAAUCGCCAAGGAGAAACUGAGAAGCCACGCAUUUGAGAUUUUUGCCCUCAACCAGCGAAUUCAUGGGACUUGA